AUGCCCAGCAGCAGCAGCAGCAGCAGCAGCAGCAGCAGCAGCAGCAGCAGCGGGGCUCACGGGUUGGGAGUCGAGGAGGCAGAAAGCAGCAAAGAGGAAGAACUCGGGGACUACCAAGAAGAGGGUCUCGGCGUCUGCGGGGGUCAGCAGCAGCGCGAAAGCUUUGCUGCUGCUGCUGCUGCUGCUGCUGCUGCUGCUGAUCUGCCGCAGACAAGACUGGAGGCGAGCGGCCUGCAGCAAGACGCGGCAGCAGAGGCAAAGGCGGAGGGAAAAGUGCUGCUUGACGGCGCGAGCAGCAGCAGCAACUUGGAAGAUCCAAAAGAGAAGGAAGAAGCAAAAAGAAAGAAAAAGAAAAAGCUGCUGCUGCAGCAGCAGCGCGAGCCGCGGCUCCACCGCAGAAGCAGCAAGGAAGGCCAGCGGCACGCAGAAGCACAGCAGCAGCAGCACGGAGCGGAAGGCGUCGAGUUUGUUGCGGCUGGGGGGGCCCUCUUCCCCCCCCGCUGCUGCUGCUGCUGCUGCUGCUGCUGCAGCAGCAGCAGCAAGCGCGCGCCACAGCCAGGGAGCCACGGCCAGCAGCAGCAGCAGAUUCAGCAGCGGGAAAGUGAAGUCUUCGAAGCAGCUGCUGAAGUCCUCUUUGCCAAAGUCCCAAGGCUGCCAAAAAGGAAUAUCCGAAUUUGCACAAAGGGCCGGCAGCGGGGGCCCCCCCGCCCCCCAGAAGUCCCACAGGCCCUUCAUAACUGCUUCUGCAUUUAA